AGAGAGAGAGAAGGAAAAACAGGGAUAGAAAUGAGAAAGACCUUGCCAAGGAGGGAGGGCAAAAGGAAGAGGACAGUAAUGAAAAUCAAAGGGAAAAGAAAAACUUGUGGGGGGCGGGAGAUGGGUCGUGUGGCUAAGGUUCUUCACACCAACUUAUAGACAAGUUCUCAUCUGGUUGAUAAAGUCAAAUCCGUUUAUGACUGGCGAAAGAGAGUAUAAUACUUUCAAAAUACAAUCCAAUGUUCUUUUCUUUUGUGGGAACUGAUGCAUGUGCUCUGUUUUCUGUGAUUGGGAAGAUUAAGAGCAGCCUUGCCGAGGAUAAUUGAAGGAGAUGGAUAAAAAUGAGUCCACAUCAGAGGGUCUCGAACAGCGCUGACCUUCAAACUACCAGAGGUGGAGUGGGAACCAGGCCUGCAGAGGAAAAGAAGAUGAAAUCUACAAUUCCAAGAAGAAAAACGGCCGUUAUUAAAGCUUUCAGCAAAACCAAACCAAGCAAUGACCAUGGGCCAUGCAAAAUAUCCCAAGAUGCAGUACUGUUGAUGGAAGCCCACGCUCACCUUACAAGCAGCUUGCAGUCAAAAGAGAGACUUCUGCUGCUUUUCACAGAUUCUCUUAUCAUCGCCAAAACUAAGUCCCUGUAUCUAAAACUGAAGGCUCAGGUUAGUCUCUCAGACAUAUGGCUGGCAUCCUGUAUCCACUGCGUUACAGACAGGAAGCUCACCUCCAAGAAUUCGUUCGUGAUUGGCUGGCCGACCACCAAUUAUGUUGUCACUUUCAGCUCAUCAGAAACAAAAGAGAAGUGGUUACGUGCUCUUCAUUGGCACACCUGCAACGCUAGACAAGGAAUCCUGCCAAAUGCUAUUCUUCUCUAUGUCCUGCUAAUAUGCCAGCCUGAUGACAACAGUUCAGCGACUGUUGCUGUGGCUGUGGAUGUGAGCACAACUGCUGAAAAUGUGGUUCAGUACAUCAUACAGCAGUGCAAACUACUAGGUGAGGUCUCGAACUACCAGCUGUGUGUGAAUUAUGAAAAAGAAGAGGAAACAUACCCCCUCAUUGGCCAUGAGCUCCCAUUCUUCAUCCUCUAUCACUCUUUGAGAAGUCAGCAAGACCAUUUGAACAUGCCCAGCGAGCCCCUGCAGGAGGCCUUUAUUUCUGGCCAGCUGACAGAUGCCUCUCCCAAGACUCCUCACUUCACCCUAAAAACCAGAACACAUACUCCUAGGGGUGCGUUGCUGAAACACAAAAGAAAGAGGUCUCUGAUUGAUUGGGCUUUGAGAAGAGGACAUUACAAUCAGUCCGAUGGUCAAACUGCCUCUCACAAGCUAUUCGGACAGUCUCUUUCCUCCAUCUGUUCUGAUGGAAAUUUGCCUAAGCCAAUCAUGGAACUGCUUUAUCUGCUGUUCUGCGAGGGUCCAGAAACCUGUGGAAUCUUCCGUCGUUCAGCAAAUGCCAAAAACUGUAGGAUCCUGAAGGAAAGAAUGAAUUCUGGCCAAAGUAUUUCAAUGCAUGAGCAAUCAGUAUUCGUCUCUGCAUCUCUAAUUACAGAAUUCUUGCGAAAGCUGCCUGGUGGUGUUUUGUGCUGUGAAUUAUAUGAGGACUGGAUGGAAGUGCUGCAGACUGAAGAUCAACAGGAAAGGCUUAACAGAGUCAGAAGUUUGCUCACACAGCUGCCGGAGGAGAAUGUUACCUUGCUGUGCCACUUGUUUGGAGUGCUGCACAGAAUACACACUCACUCUGAGGUAAAUCAGAUGACAGCAACAAACUUGGCCCUUUGCAUUGCACCUAAUAUGCUCUGGAGGUCUUCCCAAGUCAGCCCAGAGAAGGAGGGACAAGGCGUUUUGCAGGUCGCCUCGCUCAUCCAGUACCUGAUAGAAAACACGCCUGCCAUAUUUGGAGAUGAUCUUGAGAGUUUGUUCAUCAAACAGAUGAAUUCAGGUCAGGAAACGCACGAUUAUGCAGAUGGGUCAUUUAUUCUUCAGCACUCUUCUUCAGAGGACACAGAUCAAGAUUUUACAGUUUCACCUCAUCUACAGCCUGAAGUUCAUCCCCUUUUCCUCCCACUGGCUGCACUUUCUCUGCAAGAGAAGAGGAGACCCGGGGCCUUUGAUAUUGAUAUGCCGUCAUCAGAGGGCACCUACAGCUGUGGGACUCUGGAUUCCAUUUCAUCUUGUUCCAGUGCUUCUGUGAGCAUGCUGGAGGUUGGGCAACUCAGCCAAUCUCGUGAUCGAUGCCUCUCUGAGCCUUCCAUGUACUUUUCCUCACCCCAAACACUGGCACCAAAUCAUACUCCUGUUAUCCGCCAGUCCAGCUAUGAUGCUGCUGUAACUGACAGUAGAAAGGAGCAGUCACUAGGCUCUACGGGACUGAGCCCAGAUCAGCAAUCGCAAAAUUCUGGAAUGGGUCCACGACGGCGCCGUUACACUUUUUGGAAGUCUCCGCAGAUCCCCUCUCGCUUCCGUCAUCCUGCUCAGAGAUUGGCCAGCAUGUCAAGUCUGUCAUCUACUACCACUUCUUCUCUCAGCUCAUUGGAUAGUACACUGUCCCUCAGCUCAGCUGAUCCAAUCCCCAGCCCACAAGAUCCACGCUCCCGUCCUUUUCUGUUCGGAGCUGCUGCAAGACUGCGGCCUCUCACACCUGAAAUAUCCAAAAAGAGCUGGACAAAUACUUUCACCUACGAAGAAGAAGAAGACUUUUGGAGUGAGAGGGAUCAGGAGACCAAAAAUGAGAAAGAAAACGAAUGUGAAGCAUCUUUUCAUGACUACGAUGAAGAGAGAGGAAUGAAGAAUGGAGAAAGAGCUGUGAGUGAGGAUGCCAUGAGCUUUGAGUCCAUUGGGGAUAUUCAUGAGGUUAAAAGUGCAACUCAAAGCAUGUCAGAGGGUCAUUCUGAAACUGUGUGCAGCUUUGAGUUUAGUGUGAAUCCAUUACAACCCUCCACCGCAUGUCAAAAAGAGUCCAGUCUUGACCUUAGCUCACAAGUGAAUCCUUACAGCAUAUGGACAGCACCGCAAGCCAAUCCAGCUGACUCUGUGAUAAAGGAACCCCAGGUGAAACAAACUCUCGUAAACUCAUCCACAACAUCACAAAAGCAAAAUGAAACUCAAGCAGAAAGCUCAGCAAGUCAGCUGCAGCUGAAGCUUCCAAAUGCACACUCCGACAUGCAGGCCUCAGGUGGGAAGAAAGUGAGCAGAAUGAAAAUCACAUUCUUUCCUUCAGCUGGAAGAAUUAUGCUUAAACAUUCUAAGGCCACGAAUCAGACCUCAAAUACCAAAAAGAAUACGCUGGGAGAAGCUCAGCGAAAAGUUGAGCCAGGGUUCAGUGAAGGAAAUGAGGGAAGCGUUCGAGAAUCAGUUCAAGUGCAAAUACCACAGACACUGUUUUAUGGUCAUAAUGUUCCGCUAGUCUUACUUUCUACACCCCCGGUGCAGGUGAGGACACACUGUACUCCCACUGAGGAUGUGGGUGAGACAGAUGCAGGUUUAUGCGAUACAGCUAAAGUUAACCUUGUCACAACUGAAAUUAGCAAUGGCGUAAGCAGUUACUCGGCAGACAAUAAUGUUCAGAGGGUCAAAUGUGUUAGUCAUAGCAUGAGCACAGUUGAAGACCUGCACAGUUCUCGCUGUACUACUGACAACACUAACCUUGGGGUUAGCAUUAGAGAUGGUCAUAAUGUUAACCGGAGCAUAAAGCUUAUUCACUGCAAUGCUAAUCAGAGUGUGGCCAAUCAGAAACCUGCUAGCAAAUACUCAGGAAACAUUCGCCAUACAAUCUGUAUCAAGCUUCCCGGCAACAGAGGAGUGGCACAGAACAAGCCAAUACAAUAAUCCUGCUGGUGAUAUAUAACAUUAUUAAUAUGUAUGCAAAAUAUUUAGAUUUUUUUUUCUGUGCAAGAACAUAAAUUGGUUUUCAGUCUGCAAAUUGAAAGAACUUCACCAGUAGAAUGUUUGUUUACUUGCAUAUUUAUGCAGAUAGUUUUUUUUAAAACCAUCUCUAACAUUUUUUAAGGAACCUAACUCACAAAAUAAUUUAAUUUGGGUCAAAUUUGGACAAACACACUAAUUCAAUCAUUCAUUUAUUUUCUUUUUGGCUCAGUCCCUUUAUUGCUACAGCAGAAUGAAUCUCUAACUUAUCUAGGAUAUGUUUUACGCACUGGAUGCCCUUCCAGCUGCAAUCCAUCA